GCAGCCCAGUCGCGAUAUAGAGGUCUUUAGCUUUUCACCCGGGGAACCUCUAAAAUUUCCAUCGUCCCCUCAUCCGAUGUUAUAUCGGGAUUAGAAUUACACGGAAUCCAUCAUUCACCUCGUCAACCCAUCUGAUUCGCCAUCUCCUCCUCUGCGCUUUACUCUCUACCUUCUACUCUAUCCACCCCCCCCCCCCCCCCCACCUUGCCACCUUCCCCUUUACUUGCGCUUCCAAGUUACCAACGUUGUUACCGGACCAUGGAUGCCCACCAGCCAACAGAUCCUGGUGCGCCUAUCUGGUACAUCGGUAAUCAUCUUCCGACCCCGGAUCUCACGAUAAGUGGCCAGACCCUGGAAAAUGAGGCCGUUCAAGGCUAUGAUAUGAUCACCACAUUCAUAACCAAUAACAAUUUCCGUUCUCGUAUUAACCAGGUACUAUCGAACGCUGCAGCAGAGAAGAGAACACACAUAAAAAUUGAUUCCCUCGAUGCUGAGGAGGUCACAGUUCACCCUGGUGAUCACAUAUCACAAGUCAUUGGCUUUGCUUCUCCAUGGUUGGAAUUUGACUCAGAUGAUCCACUCGUCUCUCAUGUUUCAAAACAGGCUUUGCUCUACGAACUUGAUUAUGCCGGAUUUUGCGGCAUUGGUAAUGUGGUAAUUCCUGGGCCCCGUAAGAAGGAAAACAUCCUGCAGUUCGCGGAGGUUAUCAAUACGGCGCUAUCAGUCAGCGGCUACGCGCACCUACCGAUCCUUUUACCGCUGGCUGAAAAUCCCUCUAGUGUGGCUGAAGGAGACAAGUAUGAUGAGUUUUCUGCUUGGGAUACAUGGAACACAAUCAGGACAGUAUGCAAAUACAACUCUCGGCUGUCUUUAGCACUUCAGAUUCCCGCAGAAUUGCCCACCCUUCACGCAAUGAAUCGCUGGUUUGCUGAGCCUAUACGCGUCAUCCUGUUGUCCUCGUCGACCUUUAGCCCUAAUCCAACAGGAUACCCUGCUCUUUCUAAGCUUCACCAAUCUCUAUUGACCAAAUAUACAAAGCAGCGCCCAGCACCCUAUAUUUUACUAUCAGAUCAGCAGGUGGCUACGAAUGAAAAGAUCCGGUAUGACCCGCUAUCAUAUCUGGUUUACCUUAGGCAUCUGCAAAAGAACCAGCCUCCACAAUCGAUAGUGGAGAAAUAUGGUUCUGGAUAUCAAGACUAUCUCCAGACCCCGCUUCAACCAUUGUCUGAUAAUCUUGAGAGUAUCACUUAUGAAGUGUUUGAGAAGGAUCCGGUCAAGUAUGAUCAAUAUGAGAAGGCCAUUAAAUUGGCACUUGACGCAAGAGAUGCCGCAAGUAACACCGUCGUGGCGGUAGUUGGUGCAGGUCGUGGGCCCCUUGUGUCCCGAGCCCUGCGAGCCGCCCAGGCUUCUGGCAGGGCGAUCAUGCUCUUUGCUAUCGAGAAGAAUCCAAACGCCUACGUGCACCUUCUUCGGCAUAACCGGGACUCGUGGAAUGGCCAGGUUACUGUGAUUAAGAGUGAUAUGCGAUCGUGGAAUCCACCUUUUGUUGUAGAUAUCCUGAUAUCAGAGCUCCUUGGGAGUUUUGGCGAUAACGAGCUAAGUCCCGAAUGUCUGGAUGGGGUUCAAAGAGUUUUAAACCCAUCUGGAGGAAUCUCAAUCCCUGUCUCAUAUUCAGCCCAUUUUACACCAAUCAUGGCGCCUAAAAUCCAUGCUGACAUAUCCUCGCGGAAGAACGAUUCCGACGCGGCCGAGACGCCGUACGUCGUCAUGUUGCAAUCAUUUGAGAUACUCGCUGAACAGGAGCACAUUCACCGAGCCUGGGAAUUCACACACCCUCUACCGCCCAACGUGCUAAGCGAUUCCGCUGCCCUUGGUGGGGGUCUAAUCGGGCUCGGCGAUGGGGGAAAUGAUCACAACGCCAGAAAGUGCAAGGCCACGUUUAAAGUGCCCAGGAGGGGGGUCAUGCAUGGGCUUGCGGGGUACUUUGAGAGCGUGUUGUACGGCGAUGUGGAGCUUAGCACGAGACCGGACACAAUUGACAUGAAGUCCAAGGAUAUGAUCAGUUGGUUCCCAAUCUUUUUCCCGUUUAAGACUCCGCUACACCUUCCAGACAAUUGCGAACUUGACGUUUGCAUCUGGCGACAGACCAGUGAACGCAAGGUGUGGUACGAAUGGGUUGCUGAGGCCUUUACUCGCAACGGGGGCCAUAGAUACCGCCUUGGAGCUACUGACCUUCACUCCAGUAAACAGAAUGGCUGUCUGAUGUAGAUUAGUACUCUACCCUGCUUUGGUUCUGCCUGAAUUUCAUCUUUUUUCGUGGCAAAUAUACCAAUGCAUCGAUAAUGUUCUUUUGCUUUGACAA